CGAAAUAAACAGAGUGAUAAAAGUAGAAGUUCUGCACCCGCUUAUUUCUCGCAAUACCCACUAAAAAAUACAACGGAACCAAUUCUUCCUAAUAACAUACAAAUUCCGCGCUCUAUUUAUACACAAACCAUACAACCUCAACUUGAUAAUAUUCAACUAGUAAAGGAAGGCACACUAGAUAGUAUGCACACUAAUAAUGAGAUUCGUAAUACAAAUAAUAGUAUCUCUUCAAUCAUUUGUACUCAAACGGCUAGUAAUGGAUAUAAACAUUCGAAGUGUGUUAUUUCUUCUCCAACAGCCCCUAGCAUUUCGAUUUCAGGUGGUUCCGGUAAACAUAGUGGGGGUGAAAGGCGUAAGAAAAAACCUCCUCCAAUUCCUCCCAAACCAGAUAAGCUUUCUCGAUGGAAGCCACCUAGGACUUCAUCC